UGUCAGUUAAUCUGUCAAUGACAAUGGCAAUCCUUUAUUGAUAAACAAUCUGAUACAUAACAAAUAAGAAUUAUUGUCGGUUGACCAUAAAUAUUCUGUUUAUUCCAAAAACUCUUCACAAAUCUACGUUAUUUAUCGUAAUUUGUUAUGAUCUGUGAGACUGAAUCAAGUUUGAAAUCUUUUGGUUCUCAAAUAAUUGCCGAAAAAUCAAUGAACACAGUGGACAACAGAUCUUGCACUAAGCCCACUACUAGGUAUUAUUUUGUGAGAUAGUGCAUGCUUCCUUGAACAAAUCUUGAUGGAAUGGGUAUCCUGGGCGAGUGUGGAGAUAUGACCAACAAUUCACAGUUAUGGUUCAAAGGAGUGCGUAGCUCGAAAUUUCGACACGUCUACGGUGAGCCUGCCAAAAGGGAAAAAUGCUACGACAACAUCCCAAUAACGAAGAACGCUCACGACUCCCAAUUUUGCGCGAUCAAUCCAAAAUUCGUCGCCAUCGUUACAGAAGUGGCAGGAGGCGGUGCAUUCAUCGUGAUUCCCAUCAAUUGCACCGGCAGAUUGGACUUCAAUGCCAGUAGAGUGACCGGUCAUUCCGGCCCUAUUUUGGACAUCAAAUGGAACCCAUUCAAUGACAACGUGAUUGCGUCUUGCUCAGAUGACUGCACGAUCAAACUGUGGCACAUUCCCGAUGAAGGGUUGUCGGUGCACCUCGACGAUUGGCUGGUGGAACUUCAAGGUCACAAGAGACGCGUGGCUUACAUCGAAUGGCACCCGACAGCCGAGAAUAUCCUUUUCAGCGCCGGUUUCGAUCACCUGGUGAUUGUGUGGGACAUUGAAAGGGGCGAAGCUGUCAACGUUAUCGACUGCCAUCGUGAUGCAAUCCAAUCAAUGUCACUCAAUAGAGAUGGUAGCUUACUCGCUACAACAUGCAAAGACAAGAAACUGAGGGUUAUCGAACCAAGAACUGGCAUGGUGAAAUCGGAAGGUUAUUGCCAUUUGGGUUCCAAAGCCAGCAAGGUGGUUUAUCUGGGAUCUACUGGGCGUUUAUUGACCACAGGAUUUUCGCGCCAUUCCGACAGACAGUUUUCCGUUUGGGACGAGAACGAUCUGUCCAAGCCGUUGUUCACCGACACCAUAGACAGCUCGUCCGGGGUGGUGUUCCCCUUUUUCGAUGCCGAUACAAACGUGGUGUAUUUGGCAGGGAAGGGCGAUGGCAACAUAAGAUAUUACGAGAUCACGAACGAGGCGCCCCAUAUACAUUUCUUGAAUCAGUUUCUGUCUGGAAAUCCGCAAAGAGGUCUAGGUGUGAUGCCCAAGAGAGGCGUCAGCAGUUCCCAGUGCGAGGUGUUCCGCUUCUACAAACUCCAUGCGACCAAAGGCGUUUGUGAGCCGAUAAGUAUGAUCGUACCCCGGAAGAAGGACCAAUUCCACGACGAUUUGUAUCCUGAUACCGCCUCCAACAGACCGGCGCUCUCUGCAUCGGAAUGGAUACGCGGGAAGAACGCCAUGCCUGUGCUCGUAUCGAUGAAAACAGGAGAACGACAGACUCUCAAGAUAUCCUCUAUCAAACAGAGUAACUUGAAAUCGCCGGUGACCCCUGCCAUCGACAACAACAAAAGAAAAUUCGCUUUUCUCUCUACCGAAACAGUACCUGACUAUAGACCAAAGGAUUUGAUUACGGAGAAAAAUCAUAAGACGAAUAAUAAUCAAACGACGAAAUUCCAACAGUUGCAACAAAGAUUCAACCACAUUGGAGAUAGCAAUAAAGACAUUCCAUUGAUGAAAGAGAUCAACAGUAUCGGUGACAAUAUACUGACGGAGAAUGAUUUACAACGUGCAUAUCAGGCCCAGUGCGAGGAGGUUAGGAAAUUGAAGAAACAAUUGUCCAACAGCGAGCAGAGAAUUAGAGAACUUGAAGAUCAAUUAAGGAAGUUACUUUAAUAAGCUUCAAUCAAGUAAGUUUUCUUGAACUUGCAAUUCGACCAAUUUGACAAUUCACUUUUUAUUCUAUAUUUUUUAUACAUUUUUAUAUUAGUUAGGUUAUCAAUGUUACCCAAUUUUAGUUUAAGUGUAUCAAAACCAAUGUUAUGUUGUAUGUGAUAAAUUUUAUUGAUUCCCUAUUUAAUUUUUUAUAUCUUUUGAUUAAGUAUAUUAGAUUGGAUGAAAUAGGAGCCACAUGUAAAAAGUGACUCAGAUUAAUUUAGCUUCAUAUUCAAGUAAAGCUUACAAAUAAAAUGAAAAUUUAUACAUCUAGAAAAUUAUGAAAAAUAAUUUUUGUGAUACACUGGUAGGCAUACCAGACGUGUUUGUGCUUAGAUCAAAAUUAUGUAUUUGAAUCAAUUAUUUUUGUAUGAAAAUAUUACAUUCGUAAUUCGUCGAUACUUUUUAAUGUCAUUACUGCACAAAGCUUUAGCUAAUGGUACUGUUCUACAAAAAAAAAUUCUUUCCUUUAACCAGAAAUGAUCCAUAAUAUCUGCUCUCAAAUGUCAUUUCUCAAUUUUGGAAAUGAAUAAAAUUAUAAUAAAUAAAAGGUAUUUUGUGGAAAAAGAAUUUUGCAUUUUUAAAUAGGUGUACCUCCUUUAUUUUCUUGAACCAAGAGUUCUGCUUCGGAAAAAAUGUUUUUUAUCUAUAUAAAAUAUUUUCAUUUUUUUAUAAGUAGUUUUUAUGGAUUUUAAGCAUCACUCACCAAUUUUGGUAAAACAGUACCAAUAUUACGUGCCCUUGUUGUCUAUUUGAAAUUUAUUCUUGAGGCAUUUUAGUGCUACAAUGUAUUUUUGCAAAAUAAUGAUGAUUGUUUCUUUUUCGUACAUAAAUUGAUAAGCUUAUUUCAUUGAAUAAACAAUCAAAUUUG